UUUCCGGGACACGGUGCAGGUUUGUCAAAUAUCCUGUGCAUGGCAUGGUUGACAGGAUAGUUAACAAUUCAGACCGGGUGCCAGGGCGGACAUUUGUGUCAUCCUCUCUCAGAAGUUAAACUAUCAAAAUCAAGAGCAACAUUUGCUCUUUUGUUUGUCUCAGCUGCUCUCCUCAUCCUCUGGGAGCGGCUUUUCUCAUUUGUCAUUGCUCGGUUAGCUAACUAAGGCUGGUUAACGUUGCUCUUUGAAAAUGGCGGAUUUACCAGCAGAGAAGAGCUUGGACGAUUUCUUUGCCAAGCGGGAUAAAAAGAAGAAGAAAGAGAAGGUAAAGGGGAAGGAGUCCGCCGCCGGGCCCACUUCUGCCCCACUUAAAAAGACCAAGAAAGAAAAGGAGAAAUCCACGAAAAACGAGAAUCAAGACGCUCAAAUUGAAAAGGACGAUGAGGAGUGGAAAGAGUUUGAGCAGAAAGAAGUGGACUACACUGGGCUUCGGCUCCAGGCUUUACAGAUGAGUGAUGAAAAGGAGGAGGAAGACUAUGAUAAAGAGGAGGUAGGAGAGGAUGGAGAGAUCAUUCUGGUUAGUGGUGAUAAGGUGUCUGGACCCUGGAACAAGUCUGGUGCUCCUCCUCCUCCUGCUGCUGCACCCGAGGAGGAAGAAGAGGUGCCCGAGGCAAAGCCGGCCGGUGUGUACCGCCCCCCAGGGGCCCGACUCACCACCACCAAGCGCACCCACAACCAGGGUCCUCCUGAGAUCUACAGUGACGCGCAGUUCCCCUCUUUAUCCUCCUCCAAGCACGUGGAGACGCGCAAAGACAGAGAAAUGGAGAAGACGUUUGAGGUGGUGAAACACAGGAAUCGCGGCAGAGAGGAGAGCGGCGGCGCCUCCAUGCAGCAGUUGCAGCUCGACAACCAGUACGCCAUCCUGGGGGACAAGUAGAGCCGCUGCCCCUCCGUCCCCUGGCCCCUCCAGCACGGUCCACUCAGCCCCUUACAGGAAGCUGAAGUCCAGCCGUGUGGACUGCAGCCCUGCCAGAGCUCCUGCCACCGUCACCACAUGGGUCACUCACACAAACGCAGUCAUACACAACACCCCAGCAGUGACACUCCCUCCCAACCACACACCUACACACACGGUCGGCAGAACUGAAGGACUGCAGCUGAAGGGGCUGACGAAAAAAGGGGAAUAACUGAAAACGGAAUUAGCUAAAUACACCCAAACGUACGACACUGCAGCAGCAACAGAAGGCAACAUAGUUGUCCUUUGUGGAUUGUACUCAGAGCACCAGUUGUGUGGCGCAACUUCUCUCUGGACUUCAACUUGCUUUGACAAAGCCACAGAGGAUCCAAGAUGACUUUAGGCGAGAUGAUUUUACAAACUUCUGUGAAAAUAUCUAUUUUUUUGCAAGAUCGUUAUAAACCAAUCGCACGUGUUAUUUGGAGGUGUUUUUGUUUUCUUUUUUUAGUUGCGGUUGGGGCUUCUGGAGUGGGAGUACUACCUCAGCAGAAACGCUGGUGGUGACCAUGUGGACUGAGCUUUUUCUUUUUCACUGUGGUGAUGAAAGGGGCAAACGACAACAACCCUCCCAUAGACAAACCAGCCAUCAGGCCCUUUCCUGUAGAAAGUUAAAGCUUUGUUUAUCCUUCAUGUGUUGAUGACUCUCCGUAAAGAUCUAUGGACAAGAAGCGACAGGUUGUGGUCCUCAUUUAGAAUUUCUAUACAAAGUGGCCUUACCGAUGGACAGUCAUCUGAAGUGUUGUCUCACAGGCAUUCUGAAUCUCUCCACUUUCUGAAAUGAAAUCGUACAAAAAAGAGAAAAACUUGUGUUCGAGAAUGUAGUGCUGUUGUAGUUCGCUGGAAGAUUACAACCAUUGAUAUCUUUCAUAUCCACUGUUUAAUUUUCCCAUUGUCUUCUUUUCAAGCUUCAGAAAGCGAGUUACUAAAGCUUGUUUCUAAUCUAACACCAAUCUCUCAGUAACCUAGGACGGCUAGUCACAAAUACGGCCCGGCGGGGAACAGGACCACUUUGAAAGGCGUAUUUGUGGAGGUUGUUUGCCCACAUUGCUUCAACACUUUUCAUAGUUUCUAGUAAAGUGGUCCUGUCAACCCCCCUAGUUUUUAAUAUUUCUUUUUAUCAGGAUGUCAAUUCUCAAGAGUUCCAGCAAUGACGCCGUUGUUCACACGCUGCCACCAAACUGAGUACGCUUGACCCAACAGUGUCGGUGCCCUGUUAAAAUCAAGAGUUUUUACCAAAAGUUACAUUUUGCGAGGAAGAGCUGGACUUCUGCUUUGACUGUAUGUCAUGGAGCACUGAUCCCUGCUGGCAUGAAACGGAUGCCAUUUGUGAUGAAAAGAAAUGAGGAAAAUUGUGAAUUGAGUCGAGAUGAGAACGGGCUUCUGUUUUCUUGAAAAGCAAUUAUCCAUCUGUUAACCUUUUGGCUUGUGCUCCUCUCCCUUUCCCACAACAUGCUUAACUCCUGUGUUCUCUCAUUUUUGUCAUAAUGGAACGAGUGAUUUCUGCCAUGAUAGAUAAAUGAUCUGAAAGUUCCAGCUCUCUUGGGAAAAAAGAACAAAAACUCAUGAUCUUAUACCAAGCAUAUUAACAAAUAAAUUGAACUUUUCUCACGAGAUAGGCUUUUAUUGUUUAUUCGAAGAUGACAGUUGCACCUGCAGAGCGGUCAUUUCUCCAAAUGGUUGCAUCAAGGAUUCUUGACGUAACCCACCAUGUACAUCUGAGUUACUUUUCCUUUUUCGCUUUUUCUUCUGGUGAUGGAGUUGGGAAACCAAAGCCAUUAUCCAGUGGGCUCCAGUGACCCAUCACACGCACCUCCUUUGCUGGUUCUUUCUUUGGCUUGGAUUCCGGUGGGGCUAUGCGAACUCCAAAGAGCUGAGACCAUUUAUCUUCUUUUUUAGCUGGAGGGAACCCAGCAGAGCUUUCAAUAGAGACCCACGUACCAUUCCACUUUACUUGUUCACUGGUAUCAUUCUUGUUUGGUGGUGGAUCCAUCUGGGCGUUUAGUGUCAUGUUUCUUCCCUCUAGCCCCGAUGUGACUCCAUCACGCACAUCACGUAAAUCUAUAGCUUCCACCAGAGCAUAUCCAAAUAAACAGAGUAAUGCCAGUCCUCUCAUCUUGAAUCCCCACUGUAUUCCUGUGGGCCCACAAAUCUGCUUAAGCAAUUUCAGGUUAUAGAGUUUGGUUUUUGUGCCUCAUGGAUCCUGCUCAAUAUUAAAGUCCAACCCGCCUACUCCCUUAUUGGU